GAGAGGAAGCACUGCACUUCACCAGGAUGUCUGUGAAAUGCAUUUCAGUUCUGCUGCUGCUGCUACAGCUGAGCUGCUGCUUCAGCUCUGGGAGCUGUGGGAAGGUGCUGGUGUGGCCUGUGAAGUACAGUCACUGGAUGAAUAUGAAGACAAUCCUGGAUGAACUUGUCCAGCGAGGCCAUGAAGUCACUGUCCUGAGAUCUUCAGCUUCUAUUGUAAUUAGUUCCAACAAUGAAUCGGGAAUUAAAUUUGAAACUUUCCAUACAUCCUACAGUAAAGAUGAAAUCGAGGAUUUUUUCAUGGAUUUGAUCUAUGCAAUGAUAUAUAAUGUGUCAUUAGAUAGCUAUUGGGAAACCUUUCCAUUAAUGAAAAUGAUUGUUUUAAAAAAUUCUGACAUUCAUGAAGCUAUCUGCAAAGAAGUCGUUUUGAACAAGAAACUCAUGACAAAGCUGCAGGAAUCAAGAUUUGAUGUUGUUCUUGCAGAUCCUGUUAGUCCUGGUGGUGAGCUGCUGGCUGAGUUACUUAAAAUACCCCUCCUGUACAGUCUUCGUAGCUUUCCUGGCUACUUAUUGCAAAAGCAUGGUGGAGGACUCUUACUGCCUCCUUCCUAUGUACCUGUUAUGAUGUCUGGUCUAAGCAGUCAAAUGACAUUCAUGGAGAGGGUGCAAAAUCUGCUAUGCAUGCUUUACUUUGACUUUUGGUUCCCAAAAUUUAAUGAGAAGCGAUGGGAUCGAUUUUAUAGUGAAGUACUGGGUAGACCUGUUACAUUCUUGGAGCUAAUGGGGAAAGCUGACAUGUGGCUCAUUCGAAGCUCCUGGGACUUGGAGUUUCCUCGCCCACUUUUACCAAACUUUGAUUUCAUCGGAGGGCUCCACUGCAAACCUGCCAAACCUCUGCCUCAGGAGAUGGAAGACUUUGUGCAGAGCUCUGGAGAAGAGGGAGUGGUGGUGUUUUCCCUGGGGUCUAUGAUCAGUGACCUAACAGAAGAAAGGGCCAAUGUGAUUGCAUCAGCCCUUGCCCAGCUGCCACAGAAGGUUCUUUGGCGAUUUGAAGGCAAGAAACCAGACACGUUAGGAUCCAACACUCGGCUCUAUAAGUGGAUGCCCCAGAAUGACCUUCUUGGUCAUCCAAAAACCAAGGCUUUUAUAACUCAUGGUGGAGCCAAUGGUGUCUUCGAGGCAAUCUACCAUGGAGUUCCUAUGGUGGGCAUUCCUUUGUUUGGAGAUCAACUUGAUAACAUUGUCUACAUGAAGGCCAAGGGAGCAGCUGUUAAGUUGGACUGGAAAACAAUGUCAAGUGCAGAUUUGCUCAAUGCCUUGAAGACAGUCAUUAAUGACCCUUCGUGAGUAUUACUGUUUCUUUAAAUUUACACAGUAUUUUUAGAUCAAUUUUCAGUGGAAGACCAAGGACUCAAUACUAAUUUAGAGCAUGAACAUCAGAUUGAGUAUAGAUUUGCUGAAUGCUAGAGGAUAAUCAUCAGUAAUUCAUUGGGAGUAUCACUAUAAAUUUUUGUGAUGGAUAUAUAGAAUGAUUUUCAGUGGCUUAACAAUACUGCACAGAUUUUGAAUUAGCCAAAGAUUGACAUGUGGAGCAUCAAUGAAGAAGGUUAACAGAGGAUGACAAGGAAGUAUGAGGAACAGAGUUGCAGCCAGGAAGCAGGAAUGUUAUAAUUGUACAAACUUAUGUUCUGCACAGUUAUAAUUUUCUUUCAGCAUAAGAACUCUUAAAAUUUUAUUUCAAAAUAAAUUUUGUUGUGUUGGUACAAGAUAUAAAGCCUGAUAUGUGGAAUACAGAUUAAUAGUAAAAAUGGUACUUUAGGGUACGAGUCUAUGUGCCAUUAUUUCACAUAUAUAUUCAUAGUUGUGUUUCUAAAAUUAUUCUGAUUUGUUUUUGGUAAAUCUGCAUGGAACUGUCAAUCAAUAUUUCCAGUGACAUUCCAAGAUUCUCAAAUUUUCUAUUCUAAUAUUGCAAUGCUGUCACUGAUAAAUAGUAGCAACUAGGGUUUUCAUCAAUUAAAAUUUACUGAACAAAAA